ACACUUCGCCCUCUGUACUCUCUCUCACUCUACCUCGCUAUUUAGCCUUCACUGGGAAACGCAUCCAUUACAGAUAGAGCAGCUACGUGCAAUACCGAGCGAUAUAUAUAAAAAAGCAGCCAAAUCAGCAGCUUCUCCGACGAUACUGGGGACUGAGACGAUAUAUUUACCACAAAUCGUGAAUGUGAUUGGUUUCAAAGGGAGGGUUCCUUUAAUUUCUGAACUAACAUCACAAUUCCAAACCAAAGAGAAAUCCGGAGUCAAGCAGGCUGCCGAGCGCUUGCUGCUCGCCAACAAUCAAGUGCAAGCUGUUUCGUGCUGCUAUGUUGCUGUGUGGAUAUUCACGGUGAGAGAGAGAGAGAGAGGACCGAGUCGACGACACAGAUGAAACGAGAGAUGGCUUCUCGCAAAAUACAUCUCCAAUGUGCCAUCGUGUCAAUCAGCGUCUCAUUCCUCAGAGAGGUAGUCUUCUGGACAUUUCUGAUCGCGUGUCUUCCAUCCUGUUUGGGAAAAAGUGACGAUGAAGACUAUGAAGAUUUGAUACUUAACAAAACUUGGGUAUUGACACCAAAAGUUUAUGAAAGUGAUGUUACUCUUAUUUUAAACAAUUUAUUGGAAGGGUAUGACAAUAAACUCAGACCUGACAUAGGAGUGAAGCCAACAAUAAUUGGAACUGAUAUGUAUAUAAAUAGCAUUGGCCCAGUGAAUGCUAUCAAUAUGGAGUAUACCAUUGACAUAUUUUUUGCCCAAACAUGGUAUGAUAGACGUCUCAAAUUUAAUAGCACAAUGAAGGUCCUCCGACUCAACAGCAACAUGGUUGGCAAAAUAUGGAUUCCAGACACAUUCUUUAGAAAUUCCAAGAAGGCUGAUGCCCAUUGGAUAACGACUCCAAAUAGAAUGCUUCGGAUAUGGAAUGAUGGAAGAAUAUUGUACACACUAAGGUUGACAAUUGAAGCUGAAUGUCAGCUACAACUGCAUAACUUCCCAAUGGAUGAGCACUCAUGCCCUUUGGUAUUCUCGAGUUAUGGCUAUCCCAAAGAUGAAAUAAUAUACCAGUGGGCAAGGCAUCGUUCUGUUAUCUUUGGAGAGCCACGUUUUUGGAGGCUGUAUCAAUUUGCAUUUCUUGGAUUGAGAAAUACAACAGAUCUUGUCAGGACUACUUCUGGAGAUUAUGUUGUGAUGUCUGUGUACUUCGAUCUUAGCAGACGAAUGGGCUACUUCACUAUCCAGACCUAUAUCCCUUGCACAUUGACGGUUGUUUUAUCCUGGGUAUCAUUUUGGAUCAAUAAGGAUGCAGUACCAGCCAGAACAUCAUUAGGCAUAACAACUGUCCUGACUAUGACAACACUGAGCACAAUUGCACGUAAAUCCCUGCCGAAGGUUUCCUAUGUGACUGCUAUGGACCUGUUUGUGUCUGUUUGCUUUAUCUUUGUGUUUGCUGCACUGAUUGAAUAUGGGACCUUGCAUUAUUUUGUCAGUAACAGAAAGCCCAGUAAAGACAAAGACAAGAAGAAGAAGAAUCGCGCACCUACUGUGGAUAUCCGUCCUGGGUCAUCUGCUGUCCAAAUGAACAAUGCGUCACAUCUGCAAGAGAGAGAUGAAGAAUAUGGAUACGAGUGUCUGGAUGGCAAAGAUUGCACCAGUUUCUUUUGCUGUUUCGAUGAGUGCCGCACAGGAGCAUGGAGGCAGGGGAGAUUGCACAUCCGUAUCACCAAAGUUGAUUCGUAUGCUCGUAUCUUUUUUCCCACAGCUUUUGGUUUGUUUAACCUGGUCUACUGGGUAGGCUACCUUUAUCUGUAAAUAGUAUGAGAGGCAUUUUCUUCUGCUGAUCAUGAAAAGUCACAUGUAAAAAUGGUUAAUUGGAUAAAAUAUUGUAAAUUUUUAAAGCAUGUCUUAAUCAGAUUAGUGAUUGAAAAUUUGGUGCAUGUUUUAAUUUCUGGGCCAAAAUUGCUAUGAAUUUUUAAAACUUUUGUUUUCUGUGGUUUUUGGAGGAUUGUAUUUUAAAUGAAUUGUUGUAGCAAGCCAAAUGCAAUGGCUUAUCUGUUUUCUUGGCACAAAAUGUGGCCAAAAAAAAGCACUUUCAAAGUUAGAUUUGCACUGGAGUCAGGCUAAUGGAUACUUAUGGCUUUGGAACAUUGCUCAGCACUAGGUUUUCCUGAUGUGGAGGGCAAAGAAAUGAAGAAGUCCUAAAACUCAUCUAUCCAUACAUUAUUUCCAUUUUAUUAUGUAAUUUUUGCUAUGAUUUGAGCAGCUGCAAUUAGUAAACAUUAACACUUUAUUUUAGAAAAAUACCAAAUUUUAAAAGACAAAUGAGGACUUAACAGAGGUCUUUCAUUAGAAGUAAAUGAAAAAAGGAUACAAUUGCUUCUUAUUGUGUUAAAUCUUUAGAUUCUGGAUGUAUUUUUCCAGUUUGUUUUUCCUCUCUUUAUGUCUUUUGCUCCCACAAAGACUGUUCCCACUAGAGGGUAAUUAAUAAUUUCAGCUGGUUGAAGAAUUUUAACCCUAAUAAAGAGAACCAUAAAUAAGAAAUAAUUAUCCAUAUUGAAGAUAUUGUUUCACAUAUGAUUUCACAUUUUUUAUUAAUAGUAGUUUUUCCCUUUAUUCACAUCAUCACUCAGCAGAGAGAAUAGGAUAUAGUGGUCCUAGGUCACCACCAGUUUUGCACUGUAACCAUGUCUAGGAGACAAUGUGGGUUAAAGAGUCUGAACUGACCUUUCUGUUGUUAACCAUGGGGAGGUGUCUGGUCUACAUUUUGCAUCUUCCCUCUUCCUCCCAGAUACAUCUUCUGCGAUUGAAGCAUCUCUUAAAUGGACAAAUGCAGCUACAAGUUGGGAUUUAAUGAGUGUUAAGAAAGUUACAAAAAGCUAUUACAGCACAGGAGUUGUAUGUACUAGUAUUGUUACCUUACUGCCAUUGAAAGGAUCACAGAUGUACUUCCUGCUUUGAAAUCUGACCUCAAGGUUUCCAACUUCCUUGUACAUGUGUUGUACUGUUAGGAUAUCGAUGCACAUCUUGACAGUUUAAUGUAAAGUUUUAAACAAUGUGUAAUUAAAACAGCUGUA